GAUAGGCUCCAUCGGCCCCAUCCUCCUCGGGUUCCAUCUUUUUUUUAUUCAUAAAAAGGAAAUGAAAUGAGAUGAGAUUUCCUCAUCACUAGUCACUAAAAACGCUCCACAAUUCUUCAGCCUUUCAAAAAUGAGUUUCAUGGCGAUGAUCUUUGGCAGCCAGGUCGCUCUUUCAUGCAUUGUCUUCUGUUUUCUUUUUCCGGCGCCGGUGGCACCCGCCGGAGUCGAUCACUGCGAAGGCACUCUGUACCCAGAACUGUGCGCCUCCACCCUCUCGGUCAUCCCGGAUCUCCACGCCAAGUCCCUCCCCGACGUCAUCUGCGCCACCAUCAACGCUUCUGAGGCAGCCGUCAACGCCGCCGCCAAGAAUUGCUCCAACUACCUCCGCCACCACAGCUACGCCCUGGACGGCCGCGAGCGCUACGCCCUCUCCGACUGCCUCGAUCUCUUCUCGCAGACCCUCGACGAGCUGGCCGUCGCCGCGUCCGACCUCUCCCGCCGCAACCCGUCCUCCCUGAUCGACGAUGUCCGCACCGUCCUCUCGGCCGCCAUCACCAACCAGGACACCUGCCUCGACGGUUUCGCCUACGUCGGCCACGACGGCGGAUACCGCCACGCCAUCGAGAGCCGGCUCUACCACCUGUCGCACAUGGUCAGCAACUCCCUUGCCAUGGCGGGGAAGAUACAGCGGCGGGAACCUCGCCGUAAAGAGGCCCUGGAGGGGUACGGCGAGUUGGACGCCGUCAGCGAGUUCCCUGCGUGGUUGCCCAAGAAGGACCGGAGGCUGCUGCAGGCGGCGACUAACGAGACGAAGGCGGACUUGGUGGUGGCGAAAGACGGAAGCGGGAACUUCACGACGGUGAGCGAGGCGGUGGAGGCGGCGCCGAGCAACGGGAAGCAGAGGUUCGUGAUCCACGUGAAGGCGGGGACGUACCUGGAGAACGUGGAGGUGACGAAGAAGAAGAAAAACUUGAUGUUAAUGGGCGACGGGAUCGGGAAGACGGUGAUCAAAGCCAGCAGGAACGUGGUGGAUGGAUGGACCACCUUCCGGUCAGCCACCGUCGCGGUGGUGGGCGACGGGUUUCUGAUGCGCGAUCUGACGGUGGAGAACUCGGCGGGGCCGAGCAAGCACCAGGCCGUGGCCCUCCGCGUCGGCGCCGACCUCUCCGCCUUCUACCGCUGCAGCUUCGUGGGUUACCAGGACACCCUCUACGCCCACUCGCUCCGCCAGUUCUUCCGCAACUGCGACGUCUACGGCACCGUCGACUUCAUCUUCGGCAACGCCGCCGUGGUGCUCCAGAACUGCAGCCUCUACGCCCGCCGCCCCCUCGACAACCAGCAGAACAUCUUCACGGCGCAGGGGCGGGAGGACCCCAACCAGAACACCGGCAUCUCCAUUCAUAACUGCAAGGUCGCGGCCGCCUCCGACCUGGCGCCGGUUCAGUCCAGCUUCCGGACCUACCUCGGUCGGCCUUGGAAGGAGUACUCCCGCACCGUCUUCAUGCAGUCCUCCCUCGACAGCUUGAUCGCGCCGGCGGGGUGGUUGGAGUGGAACGGGAGUUUCGCGCUGAAAACUCUGUAUUACGGGGAGUACAUGAACAGGGGGGCUGGGGCGGGCACCUCCGGCCGGGUGAAUUGGCCCGGCUACAGGGUCAUCAACAGCUCGGUCGAGGCGAGCAAGUUCACGGUGGCGGCCUUCAUCCAGGGGGAUCAAUGGCUGACUUCCGUGCCUUUUCUCGCCGGAUUAGCGUAAACUGGAGAUCUGCAGCAGGAUGGUUCCAUUAAUUAUUUGGGGCCUUUUAUAAUUUUAACAUUAUAAUAAUUUCCUCUAUUUUCAUGCAUAUGUAGUCCAGUCGCUACGCGUAUUUUGGAAUUAAUAAAAUGUUUAAUUUCAUGCUUA